ACAGUAUCUAAGGCUGUUAUCCUAGCAAAGACACACACAACCAUCUGAAGAAUUUUACUAUUGUGUCUUUACUAUUGAACUACCCCCUGGAUUACUUAAUAUCCAACAUGUUGCUAUUCACUUAAUGAUGGCGAUGUUGGUAUUCACUGAAUCCAGCAUUCCAACAUUACAUCAUGAAGUUAUAAGGUCUCUUAACACAUUUUCUCUUCAACCCAUAACACAUUUCUUCUCUUCAUCUAUUCCAUAAAUCUACUACAAUCUGCCUAUCAAAAUCAUCAUGCAAUCCGCCACAGAUAUGUCAAAUGAAUCCAUGCCCCCCAGUUCUCUCGCCGUUGGCAACUUUAGGCAACUCAUGGAAAAGCUGGUGGACCAGCACCACCGCCAGUUUUGCCACUCAUUGUCCUUAUCCAUAUCAUGGGAGGAUGAUAAUACGAAUGCCUCUCAGGACAUCGCCAACUUCCAGGCCAUCCUUCGUAUCUUUGGAUACACCGAGGCAGACGAGUACGUGAUCCCAUCCCAGGCACCAACACCUGGGUGGGAAGUCAGCGACAAAAUCUGGAGCCUUCUUCGAAAAGCCAUGGCAAAAAGCGGACGCACAAUCAUCCUGAUUCACUAUGCCGGUCACGGCGUAAAGUGGAACGAUAAGCUACACUUCUGCAAUGGGGCAGGAAAUAAGCGCAUCAACGUGGACAGGGAGAUACUGGGUCUGGUUGACUCGAACAGCGCCCUCCCUGAUUCAGCUAGUGUUGAUGUAGUCUUCCUGUUCGACUCCUGCUAUAGUUACCUGGCAACUAGAAAUUAUACCCCAGGUCCCAGAGUUGUGGAAGUUCUUGCGGCAGUCGACGAGUCAAGCCAACUCGCAUUCGCCCCGGGUCGCCAUGCUUCGUUUACUGGGAAAGUCUACGCUGAAUUGAUCAAAAGGAAACAGUCUGGAGCAACGAAUGUAGAGCUUGCAGAGCUCCAUGCAUGCCUCCGCAAGACAUCUCCUGUUAAGAAGCCCGCCCAUCGGUUAAUUGUCGGGGUUAACUCAUUGCGCCUCUUGAUCCCCCAGAACAACCAACCAACCCUGACAUACGAACCUGCAGGACCUGCAACGUAUGCUGUGUUUUCCUUCAGAAUCGCAGAUAGUCUCUCAACAGAAUCCAUCAAGAAUUUCAGUGACUGGGUCGGGGCACUGCCCAAGGAUGUUGGACUGGCUCUCGAAAACGUGUACAAUACACAAUCUAUGUGUCUUAUCUUUCGUGCACCAUGGGCCUUUUGGUGUAAAGUCAAUGGGUUGGAUUUUGUUCAGUUUAUAUGCGAGACCACGUCCCCUAACCUUCUGUCAACCGCCCGCACUGUGCAUCCUCGCUCGCCAGUGAAGUGAUACCCAUUCCUACAUAGACAGCAAGUGGCUUUCAAAGAAGACAAGAAUCUCACUAUGUAAUAACCUUGCUCUGUUAUCAAUGAACUGUUUUAUUUUUCUUCAUACUCUCUAAAGAUUUAUUAGGACUCAAGCUGUUGCUUAUUGCUAUGUUGUGAUUAAGCUAGCUUUAUUGCUACUUUUA